AUCUUCGAUUUCACACAGCAUGGCAUUUCAAAUGUCUACGUUCACUUCACGUAUCAGAGCCAUCGUUCCACUGUCCCGCUGUCGUAUUAGUGAUGACUGUCAUACUACCAAUAUUGGUGUGGGCGUAAAACUUAAAAACAUUUUUGGUGUUUCAAAUCGUCAAGUGCGUUCGCUAGUGCGAAGUGCGCAGAGUUCUGCCAACUCCAGCCCUGCAAACUACAAGGCCCUUCUAAAACUAGAGGGUAGGCAGCUUGCGAUCCGUGUGAAGAAGUUUUCUACAACUACUGCCGCCGCGAAGUCGUUACAAGGGCCUAACAAGUGGUCGACCUCCAGGAGUAAAUACGAUUCGGUGUACCGGAUCGCACUCGGUACCCUUGGAGUGACCACUGUGGUCGUGUCGCUGCACGCGAGUGCCCAUCUCGCCAUGGCAGGGUCGGAGAAGCUGAACCUUGAUUCAGCCAAAGGGGACUGGAAAAAGGUGAAGGAAACAUUGCUCUCCAUGGAGAAUAGAAAGGAGUACUACAAGACUGUCCCCAUCGCCCUUGAUAAGGUACCUGUCUGGACCUCUACCCCAGGUCAUUCAGGCAAGAAACCCAAAUUCAAGAGGAAUGAAUCUCUGGAUCAGAAGAUCUCCCUGUUCAGAGGGGACAUCACCAAGCUGGAGAUAGACGCCAUUGUCAAUGCAGCCAACAAGACCCUGCAGGGUGGGGGAGGAGUGGAUGGUGCAAUCCACCGCGUGGCUGGCCCCCUACUGAAGGCAGAGUGUGCCGAGCUGCGAGGGUGUGAGACAGGAGAGGCCAAGAUCACGGGGGGCUACGGCCUGCCUGCCAAGUAUGUGAUCCAUACGGUGGGACCUAUAGUGCUGGGGGAGGUGGGGGAGGAGGAGAGGGACCGCCUCCGGGACUGCUAUCAUCACAGCCUGGAAAAGGCCACUGAGAACAACCUGCGUACUGUGGCAUUCCCUUGCAUCUCCACUGGAGUCUAUGGAUAUCCCCCCGACCUGGCUGUGCACGUCGCUCUGGAGACGGUCCGAAAAUACCUGGAUGAACACCACAGUAAGCUGGACAGAGUGAUAUUCUGUGUGUUUCUGCCCACCGAUGAGGUUCUGUACCUGAAUAACCUCCCCCUCUACUUCCCGCCUGCCUGAUGACCAAUCAGAGUGCCCUGUUCGAACACAGGUAACACGCAUGGUUCGCUUGAGAAGAGUAAACUCUGAGAGUGGCGCUAGGCGUUGUUGUCGUGGAUAGUGCACUGUCAAUCACCACAUGCAAUCUUCUGCUCUUCAUCAUCCUCCUCUUCCUGGCUCAGCCCCAGGGAGGAACUGGAUGCAUAUUUACACUUCUAGAUACUGGAUUAAUUUCUGUAACUGAAUGAAUUGCUUUAUUAUCAGUGAAUGAAAACAAGCAUUUGACUAAACUCAUCUUUCUAAAGA